UGUGAAGGAUCUCCGCCGCUCUGGAUGCCCAGAGAGGUGGGGGCGCGGCGGAUGACAGCAUUAGGCCGCGACGCGUUCUGGGCCGGGCGGUGGUGGUAGCGGCUGCCAGAGCAGCUGCAGCGUUAGCUUUCUCCGGGGCGGUAGCCGCCGCCGGGAGCCCGCAGACGGAGGCAAGGUGGAGGCCCGCCCCGGCCGGUAGACCUCGGGGCCGGAUUUCCCGCCCUCCUCACGGGCCGAGCGGGCAGUGCCUCCGUGGCGGUGAGGCAGCGCCCUUGGUCUGGGCUCGCGCCCCAGCCGCCCCCGGCGACAGCGACCGAGAGAAGUUGGGGUCCGAUCGGACGCGAGCAGGGCCCCAGAGGAACCGGCCGCCCGCGCCCCGCCUCUCCGGGGGACUCCGCACCGGAUUUCCAGAUGUACAGGAUGGAUAAACAUUAAUGGGAAGAGAAGUGUAAACCUAUCUUCUUUCACUAUGGAGACAGGUUUGGCAGAUGGAGAACCUGACCGAACUUUGCUUCUUGGUGAUAGCAAAGAUGUCCUUGGGCCAUCAACUGUGAUAGCAAACAGUGACGAUACUCAACACCUAACACCGGGAAAGAUGAGUCAGCGCCAAGGGAAAGAAGCUUUUCCAACGCCAACCAAAGAUUUGUACCAGCCAUCUUUUAGUCCAGCAAGUCCUCAUAGCCAGGGUUUUGAAAGAGGAAAGGAAGACAUUUCUCAAAACAAAGAUGAAUCUUCACUUUCUAUGUCAAAGAGCAAGUCUGAAUCUAAACUUUAUAAUGGCUCGGAGAAGGAUAGUUCAGCUUCAAGCAAGCUUACAAAAAAAGAAUCUCUCAAGGUACAAAAGAAAAAUUACCGAGAAGAAAAGAAAAGAGCCACAAAGGAGUUACUCAGUACAAUCACAGAUCCCUCUGUUAUUGUUAUGGCUGAUUGGUUGAAGAUUCGUGGUACUCUAAAGAGCUGGACCAAAUUGUGGUGUGUGUUGAAACCCGGUGUGCUACUGAUCUAUAAAACCCAAAAAAAUGGUCAGUGGGUAGGAACAGUCCUUCUGAAUGCCUGUGAGAUCAUUGAGCGUCCAUCAAAGAAAGAUGGCUUUUGUUUUAAACUUUUCCAUCCUUUGGAGCAGUCUAUUUGGGCAGUGAAGGGUCCAAAAGGUGAAGCAGUUGGAUCCAUAACUCAGCCCUUACCUAGCAGUUAUUUGAUCAUCCGAGCUACUUCAGAGUCAGAUGGAAGGUGCUGGAUGGAUGCUUUGGAGUUGGCUUUGAAAUGUUCUAGUCUUCUUAAACGUACAAUGAUCAGGGAAGGAAAGGAACAUGACCUGAGCAUCUCAUCAGAGAGCACACACGUGACUUUGUAUGGCUUAUUACGUGCUAACAAUCUCCACAGUGGUGACAACUUCCAGUUAAAUGACAGUGAAAUUGAAAGACAGCAUUUUAAGGACCAAGAUAUGUAUUCUGAUAAAUCUGAUAAAGAAAAUGAUCAAGAGCAUGAUGAGUCUGACAAUGAGGUGAUGGGGAAAAGUGAAGAAAGUGACACAGAUACAUCAGAAAGGCAAGAUGACUCAUAUAUUGAACCUGAGCCUGUUGAGCCUUUAAAGGAGACUACCUACACUGAACAGAGCCAUGAAGAGCUCGGAGAGGCAGGUGAGGCUUCUCAAACAGAAACUGUGUCAGAAGAAAACAAAAGCCUUAUCUGGACACUGCUGAAACAAGUCCGUCCUGGCAUGGACCUCUCCAGGGUGGUUCUGCCUACAUUUAUUUUGGAACCCCGUUCUUUCCUGGAUAAACUUUCAGAUUACUACUAUCAUGCAGAUUUCCUAUCUGAGGCUGCUCUCGAAGAAAAUCCUUAUUUCCGUUUGAAGAAAGUAGUAAAAUGGUAUUUGUCAGGAUUCUAUAAAAAGCCAAAGGGACUGAAGAAACCUUAUAAUCCUAUACUUGGUGAGACUUUCCGUUGCUUGUGGAUUCAUCCUAGAACAAACAGCAAAACUUUUUAUAUUGCUGAACAGGUGUCCCAUCAUCCACCAAUAUCUGCCUUUUAUGUUAGUAACCGAAAAGAUGGAUUUUGCCUUAGUGGUAGUAUCCUGGCUAAGUCCAAGUUCUAUGGAAACUCAUUAUCUGCAAUAUUAGAAGGAGAAGCACGGUUAACUUUCUUGAAUAGAGGCGAAGAUUAUGUAAUGACAAUGCCAUAUGCUCAUUGUAAAGGAAUUCUUUAUGGCACAAUGACACUGGAGCUUGGUGGGACAGUCAAUAUUACAUGUCAAAAAACUGGAUACAGUGCAAUACUUGAAUUCAAACUAAAGCCAUUUCUAGGUAGUAGUGACUGUGUUAAUCAAAUAUCAGGGAAACUAAAAUUGGGAAAAGAAGUCCUAGCUACUUUGGAAGGACACUGGGAUAGUGAAGUUUUUAUUACUGACAAAAAGACUGAUAAUUCAGAAGUUUUCUGGAAUCCAACACCAGACAUUAAGCAGUGGAGAUUAAUAAGGCACACUGUAAAAUUUGAAGAGCAGGGAGAUUUUGAAUCAGAGAAGCUCUGGCAGCGGGUAACCCGAGCCAUAAAUGCCAAAGACCAAACAGAAGCUACUCAAGAAAAGUAUGUUUUAGAAGAAGCUCAGAGACAAGCUGCCAGAGAUCGGAAAACAAAAAAUGAAGAGUGGACUUGCAAGUUAUUUGAACUUGACUCACUCAUAGGAGAAUGGCAUUACAAGUUUGCAGAUACUCGACCAUGGGACCCACUUAACGAUAUGAUACAGUAUGAAAAAGAUGGUGUUAUCCAGACCAAAGUGAAACAUCGCACUCCAAUGGUUAGUGUACCGAAAAUGAAACAUAAGCCAACCAGGCAACAGAAGAAAGUGGCAAAGGGCUAUUCCUCCCCAGAACCUGAUAUCCAGGACUCAUCUGGAAGUGAAGCUCAAUCAGUAAAACCAAGCGCAAGAAGAAAGAAAGGGAUAGAACUGGGAGACAUUCAAACUUCCAUUGAAUCUAUAAAACAAACACAGGACGAAAUUAAAAGAAAUAUUAUGGCUCUUCGAAAUCAUUUAAUUUCAAGCACACCUGCCACGGAUUAUUUUCUGCAACAGAAAGACUACUUCAUCAUCUUUCUCUUGAUUUUGCUUCAAGUCAUAAUAAACCUCAUGUUUAAGUAGAAGUUCUUUACAAUUGAAUCAAUGAACUGGAAUGAUCAGAUUUGGCCUGGGACCAAUGUUGAAGUUGGUUUGGUCUUUAUUAAAACAUCACAAUAUUUCUAAAACAGAAAACCUUAGAAGUAAAUGUAGAAGUGUUGACUUUUCAUACCUUUUAUCCUUAACCCUGAAACAAGAGCUAUUCUAUUUGGUUAUUAAAGUGAACUAUGUGUUAAGUGCCAGAACAUUUCUAGCUUUUGUGAGAAUGUGUCUACAUGUGAGUAUAAUAAAUCCACAUGUAUACACAAUUGUGUCUUAUGUAUACCUUACAGUAGUCUUUGUAGUCUAUGGUAUGUUCAUGUUAUGAAAUAUAUAGCAUUAAUGUCAUUCAUAACAAAAAUGCUAUCAAUCUUAUAAAUAUACGUAUAGCAAUCUAUUUUCUUCAUAAAACAGGCACAAAACUUUUAUCAGUAAGGAAUUACAGAAGGGGAAAUGAUGGGAUAAUAGACAUAAAUAGUUCAAUACACUGUACUGUUAAAAACAUCAUUUCUAAAGCCUUCAGCUCAAUUGUCUUCUUAGAAACAGCAGGAAAAAAAGUGUGGUAAAAAUUGACUUAUUGAGAGACAAGGUGGCAUUGCUUUUUUUCAAAAGUUUACACAGGAUUUUUUUUAACCCCUAGAACUGAAUAUUUAUAGAUAUGUAUGUGUAUAUCAACAACAACAAAAAAACUGGUAUGCAGCUACUUGGAUCUAUUGAUUAUAUCUUUCUUAUCAUACCUAUGUAAUACCCUCUUAAGCACUUGCUGAAAAAGGUGUGGUCAAACUUGAUUGCUGUCCUUUUCUCUUAUUUUUUUUUAAAACUCGGUCCAACAACAUAGGCCAAAUUCUAGAGGUGUUUAUAUAGGGCAUAUGAAAUGCUAAUAGUCAUGAUUUUUCAUGAUGAAAAGCUUAUUUUAGCUUUCAUUUAGAUUCUCGUGUGUUCAGUGAAACAGUAGAAUAGAAAAUAUAUAUAUAACCAAUAUUUUACUUCAAAAGCCAAAUAAGAGGAGGAUGAUAAGACACUUCGUGUUGGUGGUGUUUUUGUGUAUGUUAAAAUUGGUUUCUUUAAAAUGUGCAAUAAGUUGAGCAUCUAAGAAGAGAGUCAAGUUCUGAAGUUUAAUUCUCUGUUAUCCUCCUCUGUUCUCAGUUCCUCAAGAUUCCUUUUGUUCAGGCUCUGGCAAACAUCUUUCCUAAAUAUUUAUUUCAUUUAAUAUUUUUACUUUAUGUAUCUUAGAAUACUGAAAGUAGGUUUUGAAAUGAAAAUGAAGGUCAGAGAGAGUAAUUGCUCUGGCUACAUCUGCCUUGGACUAAGAAAAGACUGUAAGACACUAGUAAAAUUAUACUCAAAAGUUUAUGCUGUGGUAAGUAUAAAAUCAAGAAUGAUUGCUAAAUUAUGAUAAUUGAAAAUGAUAAAAAAAAGAAAAGAGCCUGCUUUUUUUCCUCCUAACCAAUAUAGCUAUCUUAAGUAUCCUUAGGUUUUAUGAAGAGCUAUCUUUCAUGUAUUUUUGGCAAAACAAUGCUGUAUUCCAUAUGUACGUGUGAAAACAUUUUUUAAAUAGAUUAUAGGUAAAUAAGAUAUACCUACACCCAGUAUAAGUAUAAUAUGACUUACACUAGAAUAGGUGGGUAUUUUGUUUGUAUUUCAUACUUGUUGAUAUAAUUUUUGUACUCACUUUCUGUUACCAAUGUUAUGCUCAACUGCCUAUUCAUUGAUAUGUUUUGUAAAUAUUGUAUGACUUGAUCCUUUUUUAUGGUUAAAUAGUAUUAAUUUAUAUAAGUUGAUUGGCUGAUUACAAAAAUAAUUUCAUUAUUAUACCCUGAAAACUUAUAUUUUUUUGUUGGCAACUCCCCUUUGGGACUUUAGUCUUAUCUACUUGUAUGUUACUUUCAUUUGGUCUAAAUAGUGUUUUAUUUGUAUGGUUAUAUUCUAAGACUGGAGAGGUAGUUAUUUUCUUUAUUUUUGUAUAUUUUCUUGUUAGGGCAAAUGUUAUGGGCUCUUAUUACUCAAGGAGUCAAAAACUAUUUCAUGAGAAAGAGCAGGGUUCCUCAUGACUGUUUCUUACACGCUAAAAGCAUAUAUCUAAUCUAAUAGUCUUCUUAUGCUUUUAGUUGUAUGAGUUCCUUUCUAUGAACUGAACACAAAACUCAGGAAUUGGUGGCUUAGUUUUAGAUCAGUGCUUAUACUAGGCUUAGUAUGUGAAUCCUUUAAAACGCAUAAUUAACUUUAUAUUUAGCCAUAUAUGUAGUUGACUUUGAAUGUUCUCCACCUGAAAUUAAUCUUCCUUCACAUACGGAGUCAUAAAAGUUGUGAUUUACAGUUCCUGGUUGUCUGAGAGCCUCAUGAUGGUUUCUAGGAUUCAAGACCUAUGACCAUUUUUUUUUUUUAAUUUGAUCAAAAAUUUUAUCUUUUCACUUGAAAAUUUAAAUGAGUGAUAAUUAUUGACAUGUGCAUUUCUGUUUUAGUUGUUAAAUAUACUAUGCCUUCAGUUAUCUACCAUUUAGUGAGAUGUAGCUGGCCCAGGAAAAGAUAAUAAAUAGGGCAUGUGAAAUAAGUAAGUUUCAGCAAUAGAUAUUUUACUUAUAUUCCAUGUCAGUACUUUUUUGUAUUACUUAUAAAGGUACAGUGUAAUCUUUGUCACCAUUCCAUUGAAACAGUUGGCCUUGUAAAAUACAACCCUCAUUUAGUAUUCACGCUUUUGUGCCUUUAAGAAAAUACUUUUUGUCACUUUUGUGUUACAGAACUAUAAUAUGAUUCAAAGUGUUCAUAGGCUUAAUUGUCAUAAAAGGGUCAUUUUUCUGUGUCACUUUAUUUCCUUUUAUAUAGCUAUAGCAUAUUUAAACAGUAAUGCUGUACUUUUAUCAGGGUUUGUCUACCUAUCUCAAAUAUAUCCUUCACUUUCAGACAUCAUUGAAGUAGACUUGUCAGAUUAUUCUGCGUAUUGUAAACAGUGCCUUUUUGAUGGAAUUCACUGUUUUAGGGUGUCAACUUGUGCCAUAUACACACAAAAUUAUGUGGAGAAGGCAGUUUUAACUUUUUGAAGAAUAUCUUAGUCAAAUAUUUAAGAAAACAAAUGUAUAAAAUUCCAUUUUUUUCCAGUGUUUAGCAUUUCCAGUGAGCAGUGAAUAUAUUUGGGUUUUUUUGUUUGUUUGACAUACAGUGAUAAUGAGCCAUACAUGAUGCUGCAGAUUAUUUUGAAUUAUGUUAAAUGUACAGAAAUAAAAUAUUAAGAUUAGCAUUUAAACCAAAUUUUCCAGUUGAACCAUAGCGGGGGACGGGGGGGACCCCACACAAAUCACUAAGUUUACAUUUCAACUUCCAUCUUAUUUGACUACAUGGAAAAAGAGAUUCUUUAAAAUGUAUAACCUGCCACUAUUAUGUAAUUUGGUUUCAUUUUGUUGAC